AUGAAGCUCCCCAGCAGGGCAGCUAAGCCCCCCUCUCCAUCUGACUUUCUGGAUAAACUGAUGGGAAGAACAUCUGGCUACGAUGCUCGCAUCAGACCAAACUUCAAAGGUCCUCCUGUCAACGUCACCUGUAACAUCUUCAUCAACAGCUUCGGAUCCAUCACUGAAACAACCAUGGACUACCGGCUCAAUGUAUUUCUGCGACAGCAGUGGAAUGACCCUCGACUGGCAUAUAAGGAGUAUCCAGAUGACUCUCUGGACCUGGACCCUUCCAUGUUGGACUCCAUUUGGAAACCUGACCUGUUCUUUGCAAAUGAAAAGGGAGCAAACUUCCACGAGGUCACAACAGACAACAAACUGCUUCGGAUAUUCCAGAAUGGAAAUGUCCUCUACAGCAUCAGGCUGACCCUUACCCUCUCGUGUCCCAUGGAUCUGAAAAACUUCCCCAUGGACAGCCAGACGUGUACGAUGCAGCUCGAAAGCUUUGGCUACACCAUGAAUGAUCUUAUUUUUGAAUGGCUGGAUAUGGGAGCGCUGCAGGUGGCGGACGAUCUGACGCUCCCUCAGUUUGUGCUGAAAGAGGAGAAAGGCCUCGGCUACUGCACCAAGCACUACAACACAGGUAAAUUCACCUGCAUUGAGGUCAAAUUCUACCUGGAGCGUCAGAUGGGCUACUACCUGAUCCAGAUGUACAUACCGAGCCUGCUCACCGUCAUCCUGUCCUGGGUGUCCUUCUGGAUCAACAUGGAUGCGGCUCCGGCCAGAGUGGGACUGGGGAUCACUACAGUGCUCACCAUGACGACGCAGAGCUCUGGCUCCAGGGCCUCCCUGCCAAAGGUGUCCUAUGUGAAAGCUAUAGACAUCUGGAUGGCGGUGUGUCUUCUUUUCGUGUUUGCUGCACUACUGGAGUAUGCGGCCGUUAAUUUUGUUUCACGGCAGCACAAGGAGUUCUUCAGACUGAGGAAGAAGCUCAAAGAGCAACAGCGGCAGAGAACUCAGGGAAGCGGUGACAGUAAGGGGAAAGGAAAAAACAUGUCAGGCAACAAUGCUCCUCAUGGGAACACAGCCCAGCAGUGCACUGCCUGUGCCAGGGAGGAGGAGCUUGCACAGCAGGGUUUACUCUUCCAGAGUUUUGGACUUACACUGGCGGCAGGAGGUGCACCGGAAAUGGAUGCACCAGUCUUUGCUGAUUUACCUCCCGGUUUAGGUUUCUAUGACAUCCGCAGGCGCUUUGUGGAUCGGGCAAAAAGGAUUGAUACCAUCGCCCGAGCUGUUUUCCCCAUGAGUUUCCUCAUGUUUAACGUCCUCUACUGGCUGACCUAUAAAGUUCUACGACAUGAAGACCUUCUAGCCACACUGUGACAACACAACCACUGAGGACAGUAAAGACACUGGAUACCUUUUAA